GCUGCGUGGUCAGUCCUUGUUACCAUGGAAACCAUGUUGCAGUGUUGUGAUUUUUCCGAUGCUAAUGUCAACUUGGAGCUAGUCAUAUUCAACAAUAUCAACAGGCCAAGGGGUUAUUAUGUUAUCCAGCCUCAACAAAGUCGCUAGAGAUGUCAUUUAAUAAGGAUAUAAAACGUCCACCAUUAACACUAUCACAAAAAGAAAGACUGACAUAUGAGCAUAGACUACAAAAUGACAUUGUCCAGACAUCUGUGGAAGGACAAGAAGGAGAAAGUGCCGGGGCUGUUCAACCUGCAGUGACAGAGUUUAGCUCGAAAGGUAGCAGUUACAUUUAUUCAGGCCCAGGGAGGAAGCCUCAACUCCUGAUGCACAUGGAAAGCUACGUGAACAAGGAGCUCCAUACGAUCAGCUCCCAUGAGCCAAAAUUCCAGGAACUGAAACUACAGGUCUACCGUGAUGUCUUUGGUUGCUUCAUCAAAGAGUUCAAAACCUACCAACCGCUUCUUGCUGCCAUCAAAAAGGAAUAUGAAAACACUUUAGCAUAUCAGCAAAAUAAAAUUCAAGAACUGAUGCCCCUCCGAUCCCAUCUGAGGUUGGUGACAGAGGAUUGUGACAGGAGGAUUCAAGCUCGCUGGGCAGAGGAGCAGGCUGAGAUUGGAGUCUUGAAAAGGGAGAAGCAGCAACUGCAGAGGGACGUUGAGGCCAGCAGGGAGAAGGAAAAGGACAUGCAGGCAGUGGUGGACCGCCUGCGGUCUGAACUGUCCAACCAGUAUCUGCAGUACAGGGAGGAGCGGGAUGCUCGGCAACUGCUGAUCUGUCAGCUUAAUCAUCUAACAAGAGGCUCCGUGAAUGGGGACCGUCCCAGCGAUGAAAACACAGAAGUGGCCAAGGACCCUGUGGAGCUGCAGCUCGCUCUGAAUGUGUGUCGGAAAGACCUGACUCAAGUCCAGGAGGAGCUCAACAGGAUGAAGGCAGACUAUUGGGAUGUCGUGCCGAAACGCAACUGGGACACCCUGGAACAAACACACAAACAGAACCUCCUACAGUUGAAGAGGCUGCAGGGCGACUUUGACCAGUUGAAGAGUGAGUAUGACACCUUGCUGCAGCUCCAUAAAAGAGGCAGCAUGCAGAUGGAGACCCAGGACCUCGUUACCGUGCAGAUGGAGGAGAGUUUGUUUCAUAGACAGAGUCGUUCCGACCGCCUUAAAGACCCGAUCAACUCCGACGACCCUGAGAGCGGCAACCUCCCCGUCCAGGAGUUUAGGAUGGCCUUGAGGACGGCGCUCCCUCUCAAGUCAGACCAGGGAACAGAUGAACUUCUGGACUCGACUCGACGCGAACCAGGCAACAGCGAUGACAGCGUCUCCUCUCAGAGCCUCCACAGCCUGCAAGGAGAAAAUCGAGCCAUACCUCCCGCUGUAGGAGAGUCAGAGGAAAAUUAUGCAUCCACUUCCGGUCCAGCCAGCGACUGAUUUAAUGUUGUUGUUACAUUUCAUGGAUUGUUCGUUAAGAAAAGUACAACAACUUGCUGGCUCAUCAGAUUAAACACAGGAAACAGAAAAUGCGUACUGCAAAGACAGUAUCUAAAUUAAGAUAUAUUUGACUAGCUGAUGUAAUUCAUAUUGUGUACUGCAUGUAUUUACAUUCACCGCAGCCUGUGAAACACUAAAGAGCCGCACUAUUCAUUCUGGUGUGUUGCAGUUCUUACAGCUUGAGUGCAGAUGGUGAAUCUGCAUACGGGCUCGCCUCAAAAGGCCUUGAAGUAUGUGGUCUGGAGGAAGAGAUUAAUGAAUGUGUGAUGUUUUUCGAAAAAGUAACCACCCCAGAUAAACUCUUUAUCUCUGUAAAUGUAAGUUUUACGGUUUCUUGUUGACGUAAUGUUUGAAAAUAUCUUUCCCCAAAGAUGUUGCCUUGCAAAUUUGACAAAAAGCACAAUGUUUAAGCAUGUUUAAGACUUAGACGUUUUCAAACAGUAGUUAAUGUUUUGGACACACUUUGUCAUUGAAUUAAAUUAAAUUGAUUGGUACUGUAUACAUCAUGACCUUUUACUUUAAAUUUAUAACUUGGAAUUUCCUUUUCAAAUGCUCUUGUAAAAAAGGCUGAAAAUGAAAAUGCAUGCCACAGAUAUUUGUUCAUAUCUCAAAACCAAUCCAAUUAAAUAUUUGGAUAAGACAUUA